AUGUCCAUCCUGAACAAUACUAUGACCCCUAUAGCCAGCCUGAACAAUACUAUUACCCCUAUAGCCAGCCUGAACAAUACUAUGACCCCUAUAGCCAGCCUGAACAAUACUAUGACCCCUAUAUCUAUCCUGAACAAUACUAUGACCCCUAUAGCCAGCCUGAACAAUACUAUGACCCCUAUAGCCAGCCUGAACAAUACUAUGACCCCUAUAGCCAGCCUGAACAAUACUAUGACCCCUAUAGCCAGCCUGAACAAUACUAUGACCCCUAUAGCCAGCCUGAACAAUACUAUGACCCCUAUAGCCAGCCUGAACAAUACUAUGACCCCUAUAGCCAGCCUGAACAAUACUAUGACCCCUAUAGCCAGCCUGAACAAUACUAUGACCCCUAUAGCCAGCCUGAACAAUACUUUGGCCCCUAUAGCCACCCUGAACAAUACUUUGGCCCCUAUAGCCACCCUGAACAAUACUAUGGCCCCUAUUGCCACCCUGAACAAUACUAUGGCCCCUAUAUCCACCCUGAGCAAUAAAAUGACCCCCUAUAUCCACCUUGAACGAUACUAUGACCCCUAUAUUCAUCCUGAACAGUACUAUGACCCCCUAUAUCCACCCUGA